CAGCUCUUCACGUGGCUAAUUUUAAAAUUAGAACGUCAUACAUAUGUUGUCAGGUGGUAAAGUUCAAACGUUAUAUCUGAAAACUAUUAAUUUCAAAUCAGUUUUAUACUUUCAUACAAGUCAAGUGUUCUGUCUGUGAGACUGCAAAGAGAAAUGUCUCUAAGAAAAAAAGUUGCAAUUAUUGGAGCUGGACCCAGUGGUCUGGCAGCGAUUAAGAGUUGCAAAGAAGAAGGUUUAGAGCCUGUGUGUUUUGAAAGAAAUGGCGAUCCUGGUGGACUAUGGAGAUAUCACGACGAAGAUCUUGAAGGCGUCCCUUCUGUUAUGAGAACAACUAUCAUCAACACCAGCAAAGAGCUGAGCGCAUUUAGCGAUUUCGCUCCACCCAAGGACUUCCCAAAUUACAUGCAUAAUACCAUGAUGUACAAAUAUUUCAUGCUGUACGCGAAACAGUUUGACUUACUGAAACACAUCAGGUAUUAUCUAGAAGCAGUAAAAGUAGAACCUGCCAAAGAUUAUGAUGAGAGUGGCAAGUGGAUAGUCACAGUAAAAAGUUCGCAAACAGAAGCUGUGACGAAAGAAGAUUUUGACGCCGUAAUGGUCUGUGUAGGACAUCAUGUUUAUCCUAAAGUUCCAACUUUUCCAGGCCAAGAAAAAUUUAGAGGCACCAUCACUCACACUCACAGCAUCAAAAGCUGUGAUCGCUACGCUGGACAAAGAGUAGUUGUUGUAGGGAUUGGAAACUCUGGAGUAGAUGCAGCCGUGGACUCCACUUACGUGGCUUCUCAGGUUUACUUGAGCACUAGAAGAGGUUCAUGGAUUUUUAGUAGAGUUGGGAGAAAUGGUCUUCCGUUGGAUUUUGAUUUUACUACACGCACCAAGAUUUUACUGAGUUCUUUCCUGCCAUACGAUGUAGUUUGCAGAUAUAUGGAGUAUGAAGUAAAUAAAAAAUUUGACCAUAAUGUAUACAACCUUCAGCCCAAACAUAGGAUUCUUAGCGCUCAUCCGACCGUCAACGAUGCUUUACCUAACUGCAUUCUCAGCGGCAGAGUUAUCGUCAAAGGUGACAUUGACAGAUUUGAAGAAAAUGGAGUUGUAUUUGCAGGAGAAGAUUCCGUUACAGAAGUGGAUGCCGUCAUUUUAGCAACGGGAUAUCAGAUAAAGUUCCCAUUUCUGGAUAAAAAUAUGGUAACUACCGAAGAAAACAGAGUACAUUUAUACAAGUAUGCUAUUCCUCCGCAUCUAAAACAUCAUAAUUUGAUUAUGAUUGGUUUAAUACAACCUUUAGGAGCUAUAUUCCCCAUUUCAGAAAUGCAAUGUCGAUGGUUCAUUCAAAUGCUCAUAGGAAAUCUGAAAUUACCCAGCAUUCAAGAAAUGCAGAACGAUAUUGCACGUAAAAAUGAAGUUAAUGAGAAACGGUAUGUUGCUUCUACGAGACACACGAUCCAAACUGACUGGAUACCAUUUAUGGACGAACUCGCAGAACAAAUAGGAGCAAAGCCGAAUAUGUUGAAAUUAGCUGUAACCGAUCCUAAAUUAUUCUGGGUGUGUAUGAAUGGACCUUGCUUAUCAUAUCAGUACAGGCUUCAAGGUCCUCAUGCAUGGUCAGGAGCUAGAAAUGCAAUUCUAGAAGCGAAAGAUAGAAUGAUUGCCCCUUUGAACUCAAAAGCCAAGUAUCUAGCCCAAGAAGAUAAAUUUAUUUCAAAAAAACAUCUUUUAUUUCUUCUCUUUCUGUGUACAGCUGGUCUCUUUUCCCUAUAUUCCUAUGGUAUGAAUGAAAUUUUUAAAAGCGAAAUAUGGCAAAAACAUUAGACAACUUGUUUUUGAUGUUACGAAGGAAAACUUUCUAAUGUUUUCUUUGAUUUUUUUUAUGCCUAGAAAAAACAAGCUUUGUUUUUUGUAUGUAUUAUCAGAAACAGACGGAUGAAAGUCAUGUGCAAUAUCAUUCUUUUUUAUGUUUUAUAGAUGCUUAAAAUAGACGAAUUUUUUUUUAAUUAGAUAUAAAAAUUUUUUACAAAAGUAAUCCUUUAGUGCAAAUUUGUAAACUGUAAGUACGCUUAUAAUUUACACCUUGUAGGGAUAUUUGAAACAAAAGUGGAAUCGGGAAUAUUAUUUCCCUUGUAUUGGGAUUCUGAAUAAAGUACUACAUUCAUCAAAUAGCUCA